GCAUGGCCGACGCCACGCAGGUGCACCGCGCCCACCGCGCCUCGCGCACCGACAAGGGCACCACCGCCGCCGCAAAGGCAGGCAAGCACGCCGGCGGGCAGAACCCGCGCGCAUUCGUCUCGGCCAACCCGCGCACCGCCGACAAGCAGAUCCGCCGCAAUGCCGAGCGCGACCAGCAGCGCCUGCACGUGCCGCUCGUGAACCGCACGCACGACGACGAGGCGCCGCCCGUCAUUGUCGCCAUCGUCGGGCCCGAGGGCGUGGGCAAGAGCACGCUCAUGCGCUCGCUCAUUCGCCGCUUCACCAAGCACACACUGACGGAGAUCCGGGGGCCGGUGACGCUUGUCAGCGGCAAGAAGCGCCGCAUCACGUUCAUUGAGUGCAACAACGACCUCAACUCGAUGAUCGACAUUGGCAAGGUGGCCGACCUCGUGCUGCUUAUGAUCGACGGCAGCUUCGGCUUUGAGAUGGAGACGAUGGAGUUCCUCAACGUGCUGCAGGCGCACGGCUUCCCCAAGGUCAUGGGCGUGCUCACGCAUCUCGACCUCAUCAAGAAGUCGCACAUCCUGCGCGCCACCAAGAAGCGGCUGAAGUCGCGCUUCUGGACGGAGAUCUACCAGGGCGCCAAGCUCUUCUACCUCAGCGGCAUCAUGAAUGGCCGCUACCCGGACACGGAGAUUGCCAAUCUCAGCCGCUUCAUCUCCGUGAUGAAGUUCCGGCCGCUCGUCUUCCGCAACGCGCACCCGUACCUGCUGGCCGACCGUCUUGAGGACCUGACGCCGCGCGAGACGGUGCGCCUGAACCCCAAGGCCGACCGCACGACGACAGUAUACGGCUACCUGCGCGGCACCAACCUGCGGCCCGGCACGCGCGUGCACGUGCCCGGCGUGGGCGAUCUGAGCAUUGCGAGCAUCGAGCGGCUCUCCGACCCCUGUCCGCUGCCCACCAUGGACAGCGAGAAGCGGCGCAAGCUGAGCGACAAGCACAAGCUCAUCCACGCGCCCAUGAGCGACGUCGGCGGCGUCAUGUUCGACAAGGACGCCGUGUACAUCUCCGUGCCGGGCCACUUCAGCAAGCGCGAGGGCGAGGACGAGGACGAGGCGGCGGAGCGCGACGAGGGCGAACGUCUCGUGCUCGGCCUACAGGGCGCAAAGACGACGCUGGACGAGCGCGCGCGCGAGGGCGACCUGCGCCUCUUCGACGAGGAUGCCGCGCCGCUGGCAGCCGAGGCGCAAGGAACAAGCGCUGCCGCGCGCGGCAAGCGUGCGCGCCGGGCUGCGUUUGAUGACGUGCGCCAGGCAGAGGAGGAUGAGGACGACGGCAGAGACGUGGAGGACGACGACUACGACUUGGGCUCCGACGACGACGGCGAGGGCGUCGGCUUUGGCGCCGAGGACGAGGACAGGCCCGAGUCGGGCAUGAUCCCCUUUGCCGAGUCAGACUCCGAUAUGGGCCUCUCGGACGGCGACGACGACAUGGCGGCGCCGUGGAAGCGCGACCUGGCUGCGCGCGCGCAGGAGACUGUGCUCGCCAACCGUGCGCGGCGAGCGCCGGACCUGAUGCGCCUCAUCUACGAGACGGACCUGUCGCCGGAGAAGAUCGCCGCGGGCGACAUCUAUGGCCUGGGCGAGGCCGGACCCUCCGGCAACCGCCCGUCCGACGACGACGACGACGACUUCUUCCAGCUCGCGCACGGCGACCGUCUCGAAGACGGCGAGGAGGCACUGGCCGCACCGGGUGCCGGACUCGUGCCAGACGAGAGCAAGAUGCUCUUUGAGCCUGCCGAGCUGGCGCGCUGGCAAGACGAGGAGACGCUCGACUCCAUCCGCCACCUCUUCAUCACUGGUGCCGAGGCAGCCGAGGCAGACGCUGCGCGCGACGCCGCGCGCAAUGGCACUGGCGAAGGGGAGCAGGCUGCGCCGGCAGCCGCCGGAGACGAGUGGAAGGGCUUUGAGGACGAGGAGGGGGAGAGCAGCAGUGAUGAGGACGAGGGCGCAGCGCCCGAGAGCGACGCAGCCCGAGCUGAUGCUCUGGCAUCGAAGAAGGCGGCGCUGAAGCGCAAAUUUGACGAGCAGUACGACGACGCCGACGAUGCGGCUGCGGGCGACUGGUACGACGAGCAAAAGGCAGAGCUGGCGCGCCAGGCCGAAGCGAACCGCGCGGCCUUUGCCGACGAGGACCAGGCGACGCGCGACCUGGUGCAGGGCUUCCGGCCGGGCGCCUAUGUGCGCAUCGAGCUGUCCAACGUGCCGUGCGAGCUCAUCGAGCACUUCGACCCGCGCUACCCGCUGCUCGUCGGCGGCCUGCUGCCGAGCGAGGAGCAGCUGGGCUACGUGCAGGUGCGCAUCAAGCGCCACCGCUGGCACCACCGCAUCCUCAAGUGCAACGACCCGCUCAUCUUCAGCAUGGGCUGGCGGCGCUUCCAGAGCACGCCGAUCUACAGUCUCGACGAUGGCACGCGCAACCGCAUGCUCAAGUAUACGCCGGAGCACAUGCACUGCCUCGCCACGUUCUGGGGCCCCGCCUCGCGGCCCAAUACCGGCUUCUGCGCCUUCAACACGCUGGGCGCCGACACGCCGGGCUUCCGCAUCAGCGCCACGGGCACUGUGCUGGACGUCGACGCCGGCGCCGCGGCGCACCGCAUCGUCAAGAAGCUCAAGCUGACGGGCACGCCGGCAAAGGUGUUCAAGAACACGGCCUUCAUCAAGGACAUGUUCAACAGCAGCCUCGAGGUGGCCAAGUUCGAGGGCGCGCACAUCAAGACCGUCUCGGGCAUCCGCGGGCAGGUCAAGAAGGCGCUCGCCAAGCCCGAGGGCCACUUCCGCGCUACGUUUGAGGACAAGGUGCUCAUGAGCGACAUCGUCUUUCUGCGUGCCUGGUACGCCAUCUUGCCGCGCAAGUUCUACAAUCCCGUCACAUCGCUGCUGCUCUCGCCCUCGGGCGACGGCGGCACGCGCGACUGGCGCGGCAUGCGCCUCACGGGCGCCGUGCGGCGCGACGAGCGCAUCAAGACGCCCGGCCGCAACGUCGACUCGAUCUACAAGCCCAUCACCGAGCGCCCGCUCAACCGCAAGUUCAACGCCCUCAAGGUGCCGCGCAAGCUGCAGGCUGCGCUACCGUACGCGUCGAAGACCAAGGUGCUCAAGAAGGCGGCGAACAAGAGCUACAUGUCCCAGCGCGCCGUCGUCAUGGAGAAGGACGAGCGGGCCGCGACGGCGCUGCUGCAGCAGAUGCAGGCCGUGCAGAAGGAGAAGGGCGCCAAGCGCAGCGCCAAGCAGGCCGAGCGGCGCGCCGAGCGCAACAAGGAGAAGGAGAAGGCAGACGAGAUCAAGACGUCGAAGCGCAAGCGCGCCAUCCAGGAAAGCCACAAGAAGACCGGCCAGCUGGAGCUCAAGCGCGCUCGCCAGGCCAAGUAGAUGCGCCGUCGCGACAUCCUCAGUGCUUGCAAUGCUUCAUUCCUCCCUUCCCUUCCCUCGAUGACCGGAUGACGAGCUGCCCGGGCGCGUGUGGGGGCACGCGCGGACACGGAACGAAUGCGGAGCAGAUGCCGCAGCAGAGAGAGUGUGAGAAAGUAUGGCCUCGGCUUCUUCUUCACGGGCUCUCGUUCCAC